CCAGUCAAUAUUCUAGAGAAAUAAAAUUAUUUGAAAGCUUCUGGUGCACAUUGGAUAUACAACUUUUUUUUUUAAUUUCUGGACAUUUUGAAAGUUGUGUGAGUGUGUUUGUGUACGGGCUUAUGGCGUUUGUGUUCUUCACUUUGAAUUGUGGACAUUAUGUGUAUGUGUUCUUCACUUUGAAUUGUGGACAUUAUGUGUAUGUGUAUUUCUCUAAGGUUUCUUUGACUUGGAACUAGACGUCCGGUGGUGUCCACUUCAUGGAAGUCCAUAAAAGGUAUACAGCGUCCUGCAAAACAACGUCCGACCAGCUCUUGUAAUAAACGUCUUGAGGCAACGACUGCACACAACUUCAGAAACAAAACUCAAUAAAUAUAGAAGACAUCCAAGCUUAACAAAAAGUAACAGGUAACUAUCAAGUAACGAGCUAAUCAGGUAUCUAGUCAACCUAGUAACUAGAUAAUCAAGUAACUAGGUAACCAAGAAGCAAGGUAAGAAAGUUACUAGUUAAUAACGUGGCUAGGUAACCAAGUAACUUAGUAACCACGUACAAACGUUCCAGAUCAAGAGGACGGCUAGACAAAGGACAAGGCAAUAGCUUGUUGUCUGCAUAGAAAAACAACUGCAGGGUUUGAACGCUCGCCACACAGACAUCCAUUAGUUUCAAUCUUAAGUACCUCCUUCACUUCUGUCCUGUGAUCGUCUGGACACCCACUCCUCCCUCCCACACCCCACGAGUACAUGCAUAAUCUCACUCACACACAUGCAGGAAGGUGAAAACGCCGGCGAUGACGUCAUAAAUUCAUUUCGGAGCAUCAAUUACAAAAUUCUUGCCUAAUUUGUGAGGCGCAACUCAAGUCAGCUACUUGUUAACACCACAACAUUGGCUGCUGUAGCCCAACGAGAAUCUUACAACACGUUCAUGGCGGUUUUUUGAAAGGAGACAAAUUAAACAAUUAAAAUUCCAAAAAUUUGAAGCCAUUCUGUUAUAUUUUUUUUUUUUGCUUAAGAGAAGGAAGCUGGAGUGGAUUUCUGUUCUAUCGUCUGGAGACGGCCGUCUUAAGAAGUAUAACAGAAUUCUUGGGAAUCGUACUUACUACCCUGGUGUGUGUAUUUCAGUUACAGCAAAUGGCUUUUGUAUUUCAGUUACAGCAAAUGGCUUUUGUAUUUCAGUGUUGCUUCUGAGAGAUUUCUCCGAAAAUAAGUUUAAAUAUUGGUGUACAAAUUUCAUUCAGUUCGAUAUUGAUGUGGAUUUCAAUUUCACUUAGUGCCUUACAUUGACUGGUUGUAGAUUCAUUUUUGUUUUUGCUGGGUUUUUAAACAUACAAUUAGUGUGUAUGGAAAUGUAAAUAUUUAUUUGAUAUUGUCAAGCCAUGUGACAUCUCAGAAUGACACUCGUUGAAAGUAAGCAUCUCAGAAUGGCAUCGCACUGGACUUGCAGGCUUUUCUUCCUUACGUCAGGAGUGAGUUCUAGCAUCACUCCCUCGUCAUGAACAUCCAGGGGCGACUCAACUGAUCCUCCCAGCGUUUAUCUUUCCAUUUUUUCCCCUAUGAGAUCAGGACCCUCCAGGGGGUUCGCCAUCACCAAUCACCAUUGUGCUCCUAGUAGCCUGUCCUGAACAGAGCAGAAUGACGCUGCGUGGUUAUAACAGGAUAUCCCUCUCCGAGAUGGAAGAGUUGGACAACUUCACCGGAGGCCUGGAUUAUGGGUCAGCAGAUAAGAGGGCGUCCGCCAUGCCGUCACAGGGCUCACUCUUUACGAACUUUGAGGAUGUACAGCUCACGGACGAAGAACGAGUGUUUCUGAACGCCGCCUACCUGGGAGAUGUCGGCAUCGUCAGGCAGUCCUUAGAGGACUCGGUGGAGAGCUCCCUCAAUGUCAACUGCGUAGAUUACAUGGGCAGAAACGCUCUGCACCUGGCCAUAGACUCGGAGAAGCUCGACGUCAUCGAGAUCCUCCUGGACAACCUCAGCUUCAACUGCAUCGAGGAGGCGCUCUUGCACGCCAUCUCCAAGGGCGCCACCAAGAUCGUAAAGCUCAUUAUCGAGCACCCGAACUUUAUGGCCGGGGAGGACAAGCUGAAGCGGAUGGGAGGGGGAGACGCCUUCUUCCGACUGGAAGAGAAAAGCCAGUUCCCCCCUGACAUCACGCCUCUGAUCCUGGCGGCGCACUAUAACAAUCACGAGAUCAUCCAGAUGUUUCUCUCCAGGAACCACACCAUCGAGAAGCCCCACCCCAUCUCUUGUAAAUGCCAGGACUGCGUCACAAAACAGAACUACGACUCGCUCAAGCGGUCAAGGUCACGCUUGAACGCUUACAGGGCUCUGGCUAGUCCGGCGUACAUGGCGCUGUCCAGUCCAGACCCUAUAAUGACCACAUUCGAACUCAGACAGGAAAUGAUGAAACUAGCAGAAGUUGAAAAGGAGUUUAAAAGUGAGUAUUUGAAUAUGGUAGAAAAGUGUAUGAAUUUUGCUUGUGAACUCAUGGACCUCUGUAGAGGAACUCAGGAAGUUGAAGCCGUGCUCAGUGAAAGUGAUGAAGGUACAGAAAGAGAUCCACUGGCCAGGCUAAAGAUGGCCAUCAGAUACAUGGAGAAGAAGUUUGUCGCGCACCCAAACUGCCAGCAGCACAUGACGUCCAUCUGGUACGGCUCUGAGAUGGGCUUCCUGCAAUCCUUGAAUGGUCUGAUGCAGUUCGUCUACUUGUUACUCUUCCUUCCCGCCAUUCCCUUUAUGUGUGUCUUUUACAUUCUCGCUCCUAGCAGUAAGUUUGGCGCCGUCAUGCGCUGUCCUGUGACAAAGUUCAUCACACAUACUACAUCACACAUGUGUUUUCUGAUUCUGUUGGCGGCUGCAACCUUCCGUAUUACAGAAUCUAAUGUGGCCAUAACAAGAUCAGAAGAUGUCAACAGCACCAGAUAUGGACAUUUAUCUCAAGAAGAAAAGAUACAGAGUCUAUUAAAAGAAACCUUACGGCCAGCUAACACACUCAUGACUAAUGUACAAAUUUGUAUUGUUUUCUGGGUUUUAGGUCUACUGUGGAUAGAGUGCAAGCAAAUCUACAGUUGCGGGGCAAGGUCCUACAUCAUGGACUAUUACAAUGCCAUGGACUUUGCCGUUCUUUCUAUGUAUUUAUCUUCCUAUGUGUUAAGAUUUUAUACCAGCUACAAAGUUACAGAGGCCGACAGACGUUUCAACGGCACCGCAAGGGCCAGCGCUUUGUUACUUCAGGGAAAUUUUACCUCGUUUGAUGUUUUUCUUGCGUCCUUGCAAGAGACUAAAUAUUCUCCAACCAAUUACUUUAUGGAAGCGUCUCGCUUCAAGUGGCAACAAUAUGACCCUGAGAUAGUCUCAGAUGUGCUCUUUGCCAUUGCCAACGUGAUCAGCUUUGCCAGGACUACUCAGCUGAUGCCAGCUUUUGAGGUGCUGGGACCGCUGCAGAUCUCUUUGGGGCGAAUGAUAGGGGACAUCACUCGCUUCAUGGUGUUGUUCACUCUGGUCCUAUUUGCCUUCAUGGUGGGUCUACAUAAUUUGUACUGGUACUAUGGAGCCCAGAAAAUCAAAAUGGAGAUGAAUGGGAAAGAUGUGGCGAUUCACUCAGCCAAAGCAUUCCAAGGUCUACAACAGACGUUUUCCAGUCUAUUUUGGUCAAUGUUUGGUCACACAAAUAUUGCAGACAUCACCAUCAACCAUCCCAAACGCAGUGGAGUGCGGUGCAUGACACUGGAUGGAGACAAGAGCCUCAUCUACUGUGCUGACGGGCCGUUUACCACUAAACUCAUCAACGGCACAGACACAGCGCCAGACUUGCUGUACACGCCAGACAAUCCCCAGAUGGAGAACAGUACCACACUGGUGGAGACUGUGGGAAUGUAUCUGUUUGGCAUCUACCACGUGGUCAUCAUUAUAGUUCUCAUCAACAUGUUGAUCGCCAUGAUGUCACACUCCUUCGAAGAUAUUCAGACGGACUGUGAUGUAGAGUGGAAAUUCGCCCGCACCAAACUCUGGUUGAACUAUAUGGAUGACGGCAGCACACUUCCUGUUCCUUUCAAUAUGAUCCCGACCCCUAAGUCAUUCGUGUAUGGCUGGCAAGCGAUUAAAGAGAUGUUCAAGCCAAGUUCAGAGGUAAUCGAGCCUGGAUGUCACAGACGGCAGACUUUUUUGAAGAAACGGCGUGAGACUGUGUGCAAGAACCUGGAACUAAAACCAGACGAGACGUCGUACUCCGACAUCAUGCAUAGAUUGGUCAAACGUUAUCUAUUUAAACUGGAGAGGGCCAAAGAUGAGAAGGAGAUAGCUAAAGAUGCUCAUGGUAACGUCAGGGCUGAAGAAGUGGAAAUUUGGGAUCCUACAAUUCCAGAUGGUCCACCUCCGCCAGUUCCUGAAACUCCAAGCAGAAUUCCAUUUGCAACGCCACCUAUACCAGAGGAAGAAGAGGAUUAUAAGUCUCACUACAGAUCUACCAGGAGGAAGGGUGGCUCAAGGCCAUACAACAGAAGAUCCUCAGCUUCCAACUUACCAAUAGCUACAACAUUAGCCAUACCUCAACUGGACGCUAUACAGAGGUCCCAGAAAUUGCUAGAUAUGAGACUUCAACAGCUCCAGGCCAACCACAAAGAGACGAAUCGUCUUCAGGACGAUGUAGAGUUCAUCAGGCGCCUGAUGGCCGAGAAUCAGAAAGCCCUGUGCAAUGUCGUACAGGCACUUGCGAACAUUCAAGGGGAGAUAGUCAAUCUCGUCCAGUGCCUAAAACCUCAGCCCAAAACCAAGCCUGCCAACAGCAUCAGCUCCCAGGGCAGCGCGCCCAACGCCCACCACCAAACCAACGCCAUCUCGCUAGUGCCGGCGGGUGGCGUUGUCAUUUUGGACAGAGACGUCGAAGGGGGAGUGGGUAGCGUCAGUGGAGGUAGAAGAAUGGGCGACAGGGAGAGGGGAGGGAGCGGCGACAGGGGCGGCGCCAGAAGAGAGAGAAAUGACUCCCGAAAGAGAUCAGGCCCUGAUGACGAUGAGAGCAAAGUAUGAUACGUCAUCAAGAUUUUGUUUCCACCAAAAGUUUCAAGUUGGGUUAACAAUCUAUUACAGCCAUUUUUUUUAUCUUUCCGUUGGAAAACUUGUGAUUCUUCAUGAACACCUCCGUCGUGUUAUCAGUGCAUCCAUUCAAGUUCUAAGACCUGCUUUCAGAAUGUGUCAUCACGUAACAAUAAAGAUCGAUACCAUACAGCACAUCUUCACUUGGAGUAACAUUAUCUAUCACUAGUGGAAGAUUCCUAUUGCCCAGAAAAAUGGUGCGAUCUAAAUGUUUCCUACAAUGCCAAUAUCAGAAUGUUGGUUACCGCAUGAAUACUUUACAUAUUGUGUACUGAUUGUAAAUAUAGAAGUCCACUGCUACCAUUGCAACGAUCUUACUACGCUGCCUUUAGACUGACUGAAGAUCUGAACAGAAGGUCUCCCUAUUCAUUAACUCUGGGGUUUUUUAUUUUCAAUUUUCAAUUCUUCUUUGACAUUUCUGGAAUGUAUUCAUGACUGUCUGGACUACAAAUAUUUUUUGUUUGUUUUGUUACAAACCUUGAAUCUAGUUCACCUUUAGCCUACACUCUUUUCUCACUAGUUUAUAACGUGUCCACUAGUUUAUCACGUGUCCACUAGUUUGGUACAUACAUGCUCAAUAGUUUUGACUUCAAAUAUUACAUAUUUACAGAAAGUAUAUACAAAUAAAAAAAUACUAAAACAAUUGGCCAUACAUGAGAAAGACAGUGAUAGAUGUUUUGAGUCAGUACCAGUAGGAAUGACAUGACAUUCAAAGCUGUUCUCUCGAGUCUGAAAAAAACAAAAAACAAAUCAUGUGUUGAUUGUUAUUGUAUCAAGGCGUAAAGACGAAAUCAGAGAAACAAAUUGAAAUAAUUUGGUCGACCUACAUCAGGUAUAAAUAAUCAUCAACGUUUUCAUUGUGGUGAACUUUUCUCUAAUUUAUUCUAGUAAUUUGUAGAUAGAUAUUGAAGUCAAAAGUGUUUCAUUAAAUUGUGCAUCCUCUGUUUUGGACCCCUCAAAUUAAGAAACUAGAACAGACGGAAAAUAGAGCAGUGAGAUUCAUGAUAAACAUUUGACGAGAGUACCAACAUUACUAAAAAUUUUAUUAAAUUUAAGACACUUCAGGCAGAAGACUAAAGUAGCAAUAAUACAUAAAGUAUUGAACCAUUACUUUCAAAUACAAAAAUACAACCUUAUAAAAUACUCAGUAAUAAAAAACAAAGAUAAAGGCACAUUUCUUAUUCUAUAUGUUAGGACUAAUUCGUAUAAGUGCUUCUUCCUCCCAAGUGUCAAUACACUAUGGAAUGGGUUGCCUGAAUCAGCCAAUAAAACCAUAAACUUUUCAGUGUUUAAGUCUCUGAUUAACAUGCAUGACUAGAUUAAUACCUGGAUAAGCGUAUGACGUAACUAUCUUCUCAUUUUGAAGUAACAUCUGUAAUUUAUAAGAGAAGUCUACAAUGUUAAGCACCAAUUUAAACGAGUGAUACAGUUAGCUCACCGCAUCGGAUUAUACCAACCCUGGCAACUUAUCGGAUUAAAUGUGUAGAUCAAAUGUCAAAUCAUGAAA